AUGCAAAAGUUACUCUUUAUGAAGUGAGUUGGUAGAUUUCGGGCCUACAUGAACUUCAUACACAUACAAACACUUGAAGUGAUUGAAGGUUAAGUCGACACUUUUUAAUUAUUGCUAUUUUUGGGUAGGUGGACAAUAAAAUUUUUUUCAGUAACAAUUCUUCGGGUGAAGUUGGGAGCAUGUGUGCUUGCUUCAAUGAACAGGACAGGAAAAACAAACGCCAAGAAGGGACCUAAAGUGGACUUUAAUGCCUACAAGGACUUCCACGACCGAGAAAUUGAAGCCCACAUUAUUGCCUCGUUUAUGGAAUUUGCUGGAAUGAAAUCUGUACAAGGUGAUAAUACAUGUAUUUUGAGCAGUAAUUAUUAUUUGUCCUCAGCCAUUUGUGUUGAACGGGUUUGGAAUUUAAAAAAAAAUUAAACUGUGUGCUCAAAUUUUGUCUUUUUAAACUUGUACCUUGGACUAGAUAAAAAUAAUUAAGAAAAACAUUUUACUUAUUCGGAAUUCAGAAAAGCUAUAGCUUAAAGGUGUUCUUGGAAAAAUAUUAUGAAAAAAUAUGUGCAAAUUACAAAUUUAAAAUUUAAUUGCAGAUAAGCCGACAAAGUGUACAGUUCCACAAUCCUGGCAGUCCAAAGAAGACAAAAAGGCAUGGCUUUUUAACCAGAUCGUAUAG